CACACAUUAUGUUAUUGAGUAGGUGUAGAGGGCUCGGAAGGGUUUACGGAAGGCCCCAGCCGAAGUCAGUGAUGUCCCUGGCCAUUAUGGCUCAGACCAUGACGACCCAGACCUUGGUGUCUUACCACACUACCGGGAAUAACCUCCCACCAAAGGAAUCAACCCUCUCCAAAUUCAAUUUCCCCUGUAGCACCCACACUAUUUCCAAAGUGACCAAAGAUCUCGACCUGUUAAUGGGCCAGAAGGUGACCCUCCAUGGCCAUCUUAACCGGAAACCAAGACUCAUGUCGGUCAAUAGCUUUGCCGAAUUGCGCGACCAUUCAGGACAAUGCACUCAAUUAAUCAUGACUCCGGAUUCCACGCCCAUAAAACUGUUUGAAGAGUUGAAGAAAUCCAUCCCGGAAGAGGCGGUCAGUGUCACUGGGACAGUCAAAUUGAAACACCCCAAGCCUGGCCAGGAACACAUCAAAGAGUGGGAAUUGUUGGUGGAGGAUUAUCAGGUGUUGAACACUUCAAACUCAACUGCGCUGGAGUUGGAUAAAUUGAAACAUUCUAACCCCGAGUCCCUCCCCGCGCACCUCCGAUACCUUCAAUUAAGAACUCCAUUCUUCCAAAAUGCUCUCAGAAAGAGAAGUCAGGCGUCGUACAUUGUCCGUCAAGUGUUGAUUGAAAACCACGACUUCACCGAGAUUGAAACCCCUCUUUUGUUUAAAUCAACACCAGAAGGUGCUCGAGAAUUCUUGGUCCCCACCAGAACAAGAGAUAAAUUCUAUGCUCUCCCACAAUCCCCACAGCAAUAUAAACAAAUCUUGAUGAGUUCCGGGUUCACCCGGUACUUCCAAUUGGCCAAAUGUUUCCGGGACGAGGAUUUGAGGGCCGAUAGACAACCUGAAUUUACUCAGAUAGAUUUGGAAAUGAGUUAUAUCAAUAAUAGUGACCAGGUGGGCAAAGUUGUAGAAGAUGUGGUGAACAAUUUGUGGAGGAAAGUGGCCAAGAGCCCGCUCUACCGACCCCUUGGAGACGAUUUGGUCGAAGAAAUUGAACAUGAAGCUAGCUCAACUUCUUCCCUUCUCCUUCCAAAACUCCCCUACAAGCAAGCCUUGGCUCUCUAUGGUAUCGACAAGCCAGACUUGAGAUCAACAUUGAAAUUUGUAGAUCUCUCUGAAUUUUUCCAUUCCAAGAAAGAUCCAAACUACCCCAUUGUAGAAGCUUGUGUGUUGAGACAAGCACUCGACAAGAAGAAGCACAAACUCCCCAAGUUCCUCAAUGCUGCCGAGAAUUAUCCUGGCCGUAAGCCGAUCAUUCUCCCCAUUUCCAGUGCCGGUCCUGAUUGGCACAAGAAUCUUGUGGAAGCUCAGGUUCUCUUCACUCAACCCACUUUUGAUGCCGAGAAACUUAAAACCUUGUUGAACUUACAACCAGGCGACAUCUUAGCCAUUUCCACCAGAUCUGAAAUGCCAUAUGAAAACCCUACCCCAUUGGGUAAGUUCAGACAAUUGGCCAUUCAAGAAUGGCCCACAAAAUGGCGUCGUCAAGUGAAGGAUCGUACCACAGGGGAGAUCUCUCCACCCCCUCAAGCUGCUGAUUUUUUUGUUGGAAGUUGGGUGGUGGACUUCCCAUUGUUUAACCCGGUGGAAACCGACAUGGUGAAUGGGUUCCCACAAUACGAUUUCUCCAAGUUGGAGUCCACUCAUCAUCCCUUCACCAUGGUGAAGUCCGAAGACUACGAGUACCUUGCCCUGGACCCACUCAAGGCACAUGGGGAACACUACGAUUUGGUGAUCAAUGGUGUAGAGGCUGGUGGAGGAUCCAGAAGAGUCCACGAUGCUGAAUUACAAAAAUACAUUCUUAGUGAACUUUUGGAGAUUGAAAACUAUAGAGAGCUUUUCGGUCAUUUACUUGACGCUCUUAGCUUGGGAUGUCCUCCACACGCAGGGUUAGCACUUGGAUUCGACCGGUUAUGUACCUUGUUAGUUGGCAGCACAUCCAUUCGUGAUGUGAUUGCAUUCCCCAAGAACCAAUCCGGUAUCGACCCAAUGGUUGAAUCACCCACAUCUGUAACGUCUGAGGUUUUAGACUCCUAUCAUAUCGAGUUGAAGAAGCUUGACUCAAGCAUACAAGAUGACUUCACCAAGGAAUAGUUCAUGAGAGCGACAACCACAUACAUUCUUGUACAUACUUACCACUGUAUAUAUAAAAUAGACACAACAAUAGACUCAC